UGGAUUUUGUAUCCAAAUUUGUGAUCCUGCUCGACUGUGUGGCUCUGGCCAUGUACAAGCCCUAUGAACAAAAGAGCGCCACUGAAGAGGUAUUGCAGGGCGUUGUCUUUGCAUUCUUCAUAGUGGAAAUGCUCAUAAAAAUGGUGGCCCUGGGUGUCUUUGGCUACCUUAGCAACCACUGGAACAAGUUCGAUGUCUUUAUCAAUUCCGGAAAACUGCUGGAUUAUGUCCUGGCUUCCUUCGGCAUCCCCUGGGAAAUCUCCAAAGCACUGGGCCCAGUGAGACUGAUGGGCAGAGAACCAAGCAUGCGAGCCAUGGUGAAAGUACUCUUGGACACCGCGCCCAUGCUUGCCAAUGUCCUUGUCCUCUAUAUCUUCAUCGUCCACAUCUUUGCUGUUGUGGGGGUCCAGCUGUGGGCGGGGCAGCUGCUUAAUCGCUGCUUCCUGGGAGAGGACAUUCCUGCAAUGUACAAUAUGUCCUUGUCUCCAUACUAUAUGUCCGCGUUUGGAGAAAAGGUACCGUUUAUCUGCUCACCUGACAACAAGAAUGGAAUGCUACGCUGCAGUGAUGUGCCACCUUACAUGGAGGAUGGUGAAAUCUGUUCGUCGCCCGCUCCCCACCAUGUUCCUGAGUUAGUCCCUGCGGUUGCUGGGGACAGCGCUGACACCUCCUGUGUUAACUGGAACAUGUACUACAACAUCUGUCGUGCCGGGGACCUCAACCCUCACAUGGGAGCUGUGAGCUUCGACAACAUCGGCUACGCCUGGUCAACAAUAUUCCAGGUUAUCACACUAGAAGGAUGGGCCGAGAUCAUGUUUUUCGUCAUGGAUGCUCAUUCCUUCUGGAGUUUUGUGUUCUUCAUCCUGGUCACCAUUAUGGGCUCCUUCAUCAUGAUGAACGUGUGUGCAGUUGUCAUCGCCACCCAGUUCUCAGAGAACAUGAAGACCACUACUGGAGAUCAAGGUGUUGGUGCUGGUUCUAUCGCACAUAUCUUUCACAAGUUAAGCUGCUGGGUGGAAGAGCUCUACAGCAGAUACUACAGUCGUCAUAACAGGGUGCACCCUGAUGGCAGCAGGAAGGAUUCCUCACUGAUUCAGGCCUGGAUCCCAUUCCAGAGAAAACUGAAGAGGAUGGUCAGAAGCAAACUCUUCGACAGAGUUAUCAUGUUUGUUGUGUUCCUCAGUGUUCUCACCAUGGCCAUAGAGCACCACAAGCAGCCGAAGGAGUUGACGAGCAUGUUAAAGAUCUGCAACAACAUCUUCACCUUUGUGUUUGUUGUGGAGAUGAUCUUAAAGCUGAUGGCUCUCUCGUGGAGAUACUUUUGCGACCCAAACAACAUCUUUGACUUUGCCAUUGUGAUGAUCAGUUUGUGGGAGCUAAUUGCUAAAGCUGAUGGCAAGAUGUCGGUCAUGCGUGCGUUUCGUCUGCUGCGGUUUGUGAGGCUGGUUCACUUCCUUCCCUACCUGAAGCAACAGCUGCUUGUGCUGAAGAUUACCCUGCAAAAGGCAGCCGUGCUCUGUGGGCUGCUGGUCUUUUUCAUGUUGAUUUUUAGUGUAUUGGGCAUGCAGCUGUUCGGCGACAAAUUUAGUUACGAGGCACCAAAUGGAGACAUCAUCACAGACCGGAAAAACUUUGACAACCUACUCUGGUCCAUGGUGACUGUUUUCCAGAUUUUGACUCUGGAGGACUGGAAUCUCGUGCAAAGCAACGCCAUGGCUGCUACCUCACCGUGGGCCGCUCUCUACUUUGUGGCACUCAAUGUGAUUGGAAGACAUGUUCUCCUCAACAUACUUGUAGGCAUUGUUGUUCAGAGCUUCCAGGAUAGGUCUACCAAUGAAGAAUCCAUCUCUUCAGUAACAGAUGACGAGACAAAUAGUUCCUCAGUACUCACCCAAGACUGCUCAGCCCCAGAGGACAAAACUGCACCCACAGACACCAGUGAUGACUAUAGAUCUUUGAGUUUGAUCCAGAGAGUGCUCGCCUGGUGCAAAGACCAUGAAGAAUGGUCUUUCUAUGUGUUUUCUCCUCAGAACAGGUUCCGUGUCUGUUUGCAACGUUUGAUCUCUCACACCGCGUUCGACCACGUGAUUCUGUUCUUCAUCCUCCUGAGCUGUGUCACCAUUGCUAUGGAGAGGCCUGAGAUUGACCCUCAGAGCAUGGAGCGAUGGAUCCUGGAUAUAUCCAACUACGUAUUCUCUGCUGUCUUCCUGGUGGAGAUGAUUUUCAAGGUCCUAGCUCUUGGUCUGCUGUUUGGGAAGGAGAACUACUGCCAGUCUUCCUGGAACAUGGUGGAUGGUUUGCUAGUGUUUCUGUCUUUUGUCGACAUCUUCGUGUCUCUGGCGAGCACAGGCAACAACAGGCUGGGAAUUCUUAAAGUCUUACGCCUGCUCCGCACACUUCGCCCCCUGAGAGUGAUCAAGCGAGCCCCGAAACUGAAGCUGGCUGUGGAGGCUUUGAUUGCCUCGGUUAAACCUAUCGGGAACAUUGUUCUCAUUUGCUGUGCCUUCUUCUUCUUCUUUGGCAUCCUUGGGGUGCAGCUGUUCAAGGGGAAGUUCUACCACUGCGUGGGUGAGGACAUACGACACAUCAACAGCAAGUCUGACUGUCUGACGGCCAACUAUCUCUGGAAACGGAAGACGUACAACUUUGACAGUCUGCCUCAGGCUCUGAUGGCCUUGUUUGUAAUGUACUCUAAGGACGGCUGGAUGAACGUCAUGUAUGAUGGACUGGAUGCUUCGGAAGUAGACAAACAGCCUGUGAUGAACCACAAUGAAUGGAUGCUUCUGUUUUUCAUUCCAUUCAUGGUCCUGAGCUUCGUUCUCCUCGACAUGUUUGUCGGCGUCAUGGUGGAGACUUUCCAUCACUGUCAGCAGGAGCAAAAAAAAGGAGACGAACACUCACAAAAAGAGGCUGGAGAAGCAGGGGAAGACCUGAGCAAGGUGGAAACCCCAUAUUACGCACACUACUCCCCCAUCCGUCAGUCUAUCCACACACUGUGUACCAGCAACUUCUUGGACCUCUUCAUGACUUUCAUAAUUGUCCUCAGCGUCUUGGUGAUGGCUUUCGAACAUUAUAAUCAACCUCAGUGGGUAGAGAAGCUUGUGGAGUAUUCCUACCAUGUGGCUACAGCUAUCCUCAUCAUUGAAGUCCUGCUGAAGCUCUUGGCAUUUGGUGUGCUAAGAUUCUUAAAUGUCAGCUGGAAUCUGCUGGACGUUGCUAUCGUCAUAGUGUCCAUCAUCAGCAUUAUUUUCAACGAGAUGAAUGUGGCGGAUGCUAUUCUCAUUAACCCCAGCAUCCUGAGGGUCUUCAGAAUACUCAGACUAGCACAAGUGCUGAAGGCUAAAAAGAUCAGAGUUCUGCUGAAGACCAUUAUCAAGACCCUGUCGCAGGUUGGAAACAUUUGCCUCCUCUUCAUGUUCUUCUUUUUUAUCUAUGAUGCGCUGGGAGUGGAGCUGUUUGGCAAGCUAGAAUGUACUGAGGAUAACCCGUGCCUGGCUCUCAAUCGGCACGCCAACUUCAAGCAUUUUGGGAAGGCCCUGCUCACACUCUACCAAGUAUGCACCGGAGACAACUGGAGCAACAUUAUGAAAGACACGCUGAGGGAGUGCCAUCCUGGGGAUAACAGCUGUUCCAGUUACCUGUCGUGGGCCUCUCCAAUCUACUACAGCACCUUUGCUGUUACGGCCCAGUUUGUGUUGGUGAACCUGGUGGUGGCAGCAAUAAUGCAAGCACUGGAGGACUCCAGCGUGGAGGAGGAAGCGGUGCACACCGAGCCAGCUCAGCCGUCUCCAGGGGAGAGCGGGACCUCCAGUAGCACUAGCCGCAUCCGCACAGCCGGGCCCUCAGAGUAGAGCCACGCACAGACGUGGUCAGGUGUAAAAACUUUCCACUUUGGGUGGACAAAACUACUGGAUAUUGUAAACAUGCAUAUAUGUUUUUUUCUUUUUAUUCCUUUAUUUACAUAUAUAUAUCAUUUUAACGCUGGGCAUUCUAAAGUGCUCACAUAUUUCCAUAUUCAGCCUUUCUUAACUCAGUUUGUAUAUUGAUAUGUGCAUUUUAUACUUCAUUAUCUGUCUCCUCCAUUUCCUUUUGUUGUGAUAGAUUUUCCUAGUUCAAAUGAAACUCCUCUAAUAACACUGACUGCACUAUGCAUUUUCUAGUCUGAAUGACAAUUUCAUUUGCAGACCAAGUCAAUGUGUCCUAUGGUUGCCCUUGACAAAUUUAAGUUCCCCACAUUCCAAACUUGGUCUGGCCCAGUGAAGGCCCACGCAGUCCUCGUACAUUGUGCAUGAACUACAGUCCAUAGGUGGUCCAGAUCUGCGUCUUUAGUCAGCUUGGACUAUGGAAUUUACAUUUUUUCUUCAACUCUCGUAUUAUCACAUCUUUUCCUUUUUCCUUUUGUUGCUAUUAUUGUUAUUAUUAGUUAACAUG